GUGGUCACAAGUGAUGAAUCAGAGGGAGUCAGAGAGCAAAGGUUUGUCUGAAUAUGACUGUUGUCUAAGUUGUUUGUGUCGUCAGUUGUGGUGAUAAUGUCAUGAAUGACUCAAUCAAUUGGUGAUCAAUCGUCGGACACGACAAGACAUUAAAAGUCACGAACAGGUUAUAAACUAUCAGUGAUUUACCACAUGAUGUGAUGUGAUGUGACAUAACUAUAGUAUCAAUUGACUAUUGUUUUACUUUUUAGCAUUUGAUCCAUCAAUUGAUUUGCUUUUGUUUGGUAUUAAGUCUUGUUUUAGACUCUUAUUUCUCUUUGAACUUUACUUUUGAUAUUUUUCUGAAAUAAUGAACUCUUAAGGGGGUUUGCGGUUGUAUUGUCAACAAUGGCAUCAACAUCACCACUACCAUCAUCAUCAACAACAACAGUAACAAUAAGUAAUGUGAAACACGACUGGAAAGAGUCUAUAAUAAGACAAUUAAAUGAACGCAAACUUAUUGAACAAAAACCAUUUGAAUCAGUGAUUACUUUCUGCAAUCAUUUGUAUGAAAGAUUGGAAUCAAUUCGUAACGAAAAUCAUUUGCUUUGUAUUGAAAAAGAGAAACUCUUGUUAGAGACAAAUGAACUGAAAAAUGGUUUGUUUGUCAACCGCGACAACAAUGACAGCAACAACACUAACGGCAAAGUACUCGAAAAGAAGUUGUUUGAACUUCAGUCUGAAUUGACUGAAUUGCACAGAACUCGAGGACAUAGUUCACAGACAAUCAUUGACUUAAAGAAUACGAUUGAAUCCAAAGACAGAGAAAAGGAUCAAUUGUUGCUUAAGUUAGAAGAAACUCAACAACUUUUGAAAGACUCGAGACUUGUUUGCAGUGCUUUAGAACUGAGAAUACAAGAGUUAGACUCUUGUAAUCAAUUGUUAAAAGACGAACACCAGGCGUUGCAAAUGGCGUUCAAUGGUCUCGAAAAUAAGUAUAAAACAUUAGAUAAAGAUCACAAUGAAUUGGUCACCAGAUGGAUGACACUUAAGGCAACUGAUGCACAAAAAAUGAACGAUGAAAACGAAAUGGCUUUAAAAAUACAGAACGAAAAGCUUAGAAAACAUUUGGAAGAAGCGGCUAAAGAAAUGAAUGUCAAAAUUGACGACACAUUUGUUGACUCACGACAGACCAAUACUGAUCCACUUCUUGUUUGUACUCGUAUUCCUAAUAGAGUUUUGCUUCAAUUUGAGGCUCACGACGGAGAAGUCAAUGCUAUUAAAUGGAGCCCUAAUGGAGAUGUCGUGGCCACCGGUGGAGGCGAUCGUAGAAUAAAGUUAUGGGAAAUCAAUGAGAAUUCAAGUGUUGCCAUAUUAAAGGGCUCUCUUACGGGUAAUAACGCUGCGGUCACUUCAAUAGAUUUGGAUCAGGACCUACUGUUGGCCUCGUCUAAUGAUUUUGCGAGUCGUGUUUGGACUUUAAGUGAUAUGAAACUGAGACGCACACUAACGGGUCACUCAAAUAAAGUGUUAGCCGUGAAAUUCUUGGGAUCUAAUAAAGUGGUGUCCGGUAGUCACGAUCGGACUUUGAAAAUUUGGGAUUUGAAUAGACACGCCUGUAUACGAACUUUAUUUGCCGGCUCUUCUUGUAAUGAUUUAGUGACUGUUGAAUCCAAAGAAUCAGUGGUAGCGAGUGCUCACUUUGACAAAAGAAUUAGGUUUUGGGACACGAGAUCUGAUUCAAGUGCUAAUGAGAUAUUACUUCAGGGAAAGGUUACGGCAUUAGAUGUGUCACCCGAUGGCUAUUGUUUAUUAAGUUGUGUUCGCGACGAUUCACUUAAAUGUUUAGAUUUGCGCCAAAAUCAAGUGAUUCGCACGUUUUGUGCCGAAGGAUUCAAAGUGGGCUGUGAUUGGACUCGUUGUAAGUUUAGUCCCGACAAUCAAUAUAUUGUUGCCGGAAGUAAUGACGGAUCCAUAUAUAUCUGGAAUGCCAGCAAUGGAAAGGUUGAACAGAUACUCAAAGAUCAACACAACUCAACUGUAAUCACCUGUUGUUGGAAUCCCAACGGAUCUCUACUGAUGAGCACUGAUCGCAAUAAGAAGGCUAUUGUCUGGUCUGAGUUCUAGUCUUCAACUCUACCACUCA